AGAGGUGGAAAAAUUUCACCAAGGUUAGGUUUCUCCUCUGUUUUGCCUUCCGCCGCCAGGGUAAAACAAAUCCCCCUCCUCUCCCCAAGAUUUCCCCUCCAGCCACCGCGCCGCGCCCAGCCCCGCCGCUCCCUGCCACUCCGUCCCGCCGCACGACCCCUGAUCCUCUCACGCUCCGGUUCGAUGCGCCCCAUCGCCCGGCCCUUGGCACUCCCUGCCCGGCCAUGCUCCGGCCCGAUCCGCCCCAUCGCACGGCCUCUGCUCCUCCCCGCUCGGCCAGAUCCGCCCAUACCGCAUCUUCAUGCCCAGCCAUGGCGGCGUGCGUUGAUCCAUGGCUGCGACGGGUGGGGUUUCCAUGGCCACGCCGACCGGUGCGAUGGCAUCGCACCACUAGUGUCGAGGAAACCGUGACACCCUUGGUGGCUGCGCUGCCGGUGGACCAUAGUGACCGCCGGAGAACACUGAGGGCGAGUUCUCGAGCUCGAGCACGAGGUCAUCCCGGGGUCAUAGAGAGCCUCAAGGUGGAGGAGAUAGCUGAAGACGGGGGUGCUGUUGAUGGUAUAAAAGGCGUUAAUAAAAUAGAGUUUUCUGAAGAACAGAGGAGAAAAUAUAGAAAGGUAAGAGAAGAAGGUGAUGCAAAUGCUAUAAAACUUUUGCGACAUUAUAUGAAAAAAAAGACACGAGGCUGCUGUAAGGUAACUGGUCAUGUUACUAUUUGGUGUGAGACCAGUCUUUUUCUUGCUCAGCUUUAUUUGUUAUGUUUCUAUUGGGUGCUCUAAUUUACAUUCAACGCUGGGAUUUUCUUCUCUCUUACCUGACAUAGUAUUACACAAGGAAUACUCUCAGUCACAUAUGUUUUCCUGUUAUGAACUUAUGAUGGUGCGAAGUAGUUGUAAUACAAAGUAAAACAUGUCAUUUGAGUUAAACUAUAGGCAAUAUGAAACUUCCAUGGUUUUACCCAAUGAUUACUAGUCUAAUAGUCUCAAUCUAAUUGUCAACUAGCUUCUUCAUGUAGACUAGCUCGCUGAGUCGAGCGAUGGAGCGACUAGUCGUCGACUAGUCUAGACUAGUCUGGUGGCUCAAUUUGCGAGGGAUAAGUGAGCAGAGCUCAGCCCGCAGGAAAAAAAAACAUUGCAACCCUAGCUUUCCAGGCUCGCUCCACAACGAGUCGCCUCACCUGGGGCUAGGCCGCCACCACUGCCCAUUGCCCGCCACUGCCGCUGGCGGUGGCCAGGAGCAUUACAAUGCUCUCCCUUCCUUAUUGGUUCCGCUCCUUCCCUGGAUCCACGCCCCUUGCUGCUCAAUUUUUAUUGUAUACUCCCUCUGUCCCAAAAUAUAAGAGCAUUUUUGACACUACACUAGUGUAAAAAACGCUCUUAUAUUAUGGGACGGAGGGAGUAAUAUAUAGUAUGUACUACAUUGCAUACUAGGUAUUAGUAGUUAAUUACUAUAAGUUGAGUACUACAGUACCAUGUUGACUAGUCCAGCAGUAGUCUAGACUAGUCACGAUUACUCUAUGAGUCUCAACCUCGGCUCUCGACUUGUCGACUCCUUGACUUGUAAUUCUUGGUUUUACCUCGAAGUCAAAUCACCAUUUUCUUUUACUUACACUUACUAAUUGUUGUUGCCAAUAUACCUUUACUUACAACUAAGUGUUAAACUGCUUGUCAUCACUAAUUUCAGGACCAUAAUGUCACUUUGAUGCUUCUUCCAAGCUUUUGACUCUGGUGGCACCCGACCCAGAUGCUGAAGGGAUGUUCGGCUUCUUUUCAUGGCAUCUAGAACUUCCUUACUCAAUUUGUCACACAUCUCAGGAAGCCAACCGCUUGGGCAGGGCUUGACACUGGAAGACCAUGCAUCUUCUGCAGUGCAUGAUAGAUAACAUGUUACAGUUCUUUUGUAGUAGUAGAUACCUGACCAACAGUGCUAGUCGUGCCAAAUUUCGCAAUAGUUUUUUUUUUGAAUUCUGGCGCUAAAUUGACCAUGAGCCUGAUGUAUGUGUUUGUUGAUAAUAUGAUGUGUAUGAUGAAUUUUGGCUGCAAUUUAUAAAUUUUAAUUA